AAUAUCUAAUAUAGCAAAUACAAGAGAAAUAGUAUAAGGGGGGGAGAGAGAAGACCUCCAAUUCGAGCUGAGACGACCAUCCAUGGCCGCCGACCAUCAUAACGAUGACUUGGAUGAACUUCUUGAUAGUGCUCUGGACGAUUUCCACAAUCUCAACCUCAACAACGUUCAAAGUAGAAGAGGAGGAGGAGGAGAAGAAGAAGAAGGUCGUACGCUUUCAGGGGUUCAAGGGCUGGGAUUGGGAUUGGGUUUGCCUGACCUGAAAAGCAAGAAGAAAAAAGGGAAGCAAAGGGAAAAGGCUCCAAAGAAGGAGAAGGAGAAGGAGAAGGAGAAGGAAUCCCAUGUCUCAGAAGCACUUGAUCAACUCAGAGCCCAAACCAGAGAGGCCGUCAAGGGUCUCGAAUCCGUCACCGCAACCUCCAAUCCAAACGCCGACGAUGCUAUCAUGGAAGAUUGGGUCAAGCAGUUUGAGGAGCUCGCCGGCUCCCAGGGCAUGGAGUCUAUUAUGGAGACCAUGAUGCAACAGCUUUUGUCCAAGGAGAUUCUUCACGAACCCAUGAAAGAGAUUGGAGAAAGAUAUCCAAAAUGGUUGGCAGAACACGCAUCAAGUUUGAGCAAAGAAGAAUAUGAACGUUUUUCUCACCAAUACAAACUCAUUAAAGACCUCAACGAAGUAUAUGAAAAAGAGCCCAGCAACUUCAACAAGAUUGUUGAGUUCAUGCAGAAAAUGCAAGAAUGUGGUCAACCACCAAGCGAUAUACUGCACGAGUUAGCUCCUGAUUUUGAUCUUGCCAGUCUCGGCCAAAUAUCUCCAGAGAUGCUCGAGUCUCAAGAAAAUUGUUGUAUAAUGUGAAGAUAUAAUCCUUUCGCAAACCUCCAAGCUAUUUCCCUUUUGUUGCCCUUGCCCGGGCUGCAAUUUAUUUCUAUAGAAAUUUGUGAAAAUAAUGUGGUUGUUACCUGAAUUAUAGU